ACACACACACACACACACACACACGCACUGAAUACGCACGGCUGAACCACAAACAAGCACAGUCCUCAACUCCACCGGUGGGGGGGCAACACACCAGAUGAGAUUUGUUUCCAAACGCGCACCGAUGGCGGUGUGAGGCGCUUGGCUGAGAAGUACGCACGGCGCGCUGGAAUUGUGGGGAUUUCUUGUUCUGUUUCUUUUUGGGCUUUGUUCCGUCCAAUUCUCUCCGUCUGGAUUCUGGUCGAGGGGAAAUAUGGAUUACUCAGUCUGCCUACUUUUACUGCUGUCAACCGUGUCGUCGGUGUCCACCGGGCAGUUCCCAACAGCGCAGAUGGUAAAGGAAUGGGUGGACCAGAUGCAAAAUGAUUUGAUCGCAUUAACAGACACAGCCAGUGGCCUGCAGGACCUAAUUAAGAUAUACAAAACGCACAAAGCUCACUUCAGCGUGGAGACGAACAAUGCGAGGAAUCUGGUGGCGACGGCUGCCGGGAACAUAGAGAAGCUGCUGGUUAAACGCUCGCAAGCCCUAAAGAGGCUGGCAACGGAAGCCGAAAAGUUUCAGAUGGAGCACGAGUGGAGGGCCGACAGCGAGUUCGACAAAAUCGUUUACUACAAUGCCAAAGAUGACCUAAAUCAGACAGAGAAGAAGAACCGAUAUGUUCCGGAUGAUUUCGACGUAGACCCUGACUUCAAGCGACUUGUCUCUUACAACACCACCGCUGUCCACAUCCCUACGGAUAUAUAUGAAGGCUCGACCAUCAUAUUAAACGAGCUCAAUUGGACAGAAGCAUUGGAGGAUGUUUUCCGGAAAAACAAAGAGGAGGAUCCUUCGCUCCUCUGGCAGGUGUUUGGUUCCGCCACCGGACUGGCUCGGUACUACCCAGCGUCCCCUUGGAUUGACCUGAGCAACUCAGCCAAUAAGAUCGACCUCUACGAUGUGCGCAGGCGACCAUGGUACAUUCAGGGGGCGGCUUCACCCAAGGACAUGCUGAUCUUGGUGGAUGCGAGUGGCAGCGUUUCAGGUCUCACCCUCAAACUCAUCCGAACAUCUGUAAGCAAGAUGCUGGAGACCCUCUCUGACGACGACUACGUGAACGUGGUCUCUUUCAAUGAAAAGGCCUCACACGCCGCGUGCUUUGAGAACCUGGUGCAGGCCAACGUCCGCAACAAGAGGAUCCUGAAAGACGCCGUGCAGAACAUCGUUGCAAAGGGCAUCACCAACUACAAAGGCGGCUUCGAGCUGGCUUUCGAGCAGCUCGCGCAGAUGAACGUGUCAAGGGCAAACUGUAACAAGAUCAUCAUGCUGUUCACUGACGGAGGAGAGGAGAGGGCGGAGGAGAUCUUUGAGAAAUACAACCCAAAGCAAGCGGUGCGAAUCUUCACAUUUUCAGUUGGUCAACACAACUAUGACAAAGGACCAAUACAGUGGAUGGCCUGUGCUAACAAAGGCUAUUACUAUGAGAUUCCCUCUAUAGGUGCCAUUAGGAUCAACACACAGGAGUACCUGGAUGUUUUGGGCAGGCCUAUGGUUAGGGCAGACAAACGGGCCAAGCAGGUUCAGUGGACCAAUGUCUACCUGGAUGCACUGGAGCUUGGCCUGGUGAUCACUGGAACUCUGCCCGUCUUCAACAAGACCAAAACAGGCUCAAAGAAAUCCCAAAACCAUCUCAUCCUGGGCGUCAUGGCUAUCGACGUCUCCCUGGAUGAUAUCAAGAGGCUCACGCCUCGGUUCACUUUCGGACCAAAUGGUUACUACUUUGCCAUCGACCCCAACGGUUACGUGCUGCUCCACCCUAAUCUCCAGCCACUGACGGCCAAGUUUCAUGAACCUGUAACGCUGGACUUCCUGGAUGCAGAGAUAGAGAAUGAGAUCAAAGUGGAGAUGCGGAAAAAAAUGAUCGACGGACAAACUGGGAAUUACACAAUAUUUUCACUGGUGAAAUCCCAAGAUGAGCGCUACAUUGAUCAAGGUCACAGGAUGUAUUCCUUCGCUCCAGUAAAGGGGACAGAUUACAGCUUGGCCCUGGUCCUUCCCGAGUACAGUAUGCACUACAUCAGGGCCACAAUCGGUGACACAAUCACUCAGGCAAAAUCAUUUUUGGGGAAAAAUGUUUCUGAAAGCCUGCUCGCGGACAAGUUUGAUGAAUAUGGCUAUACGUUUAUUGCACCGAGGGUGUACUGUAAGGACCUAAAGCCACCUGACAAGAAUAAAAACAACACAGAGUUCCUCAUGGAGUUCAACAACUACAUCGACACAAAGACUCCAAACAACCCCAUGUGUAAUGUGGAGCUGGUGAACCGGUUGCUCCUGGACGCGGGCAUCACCUCAGAUCUGAUCAAGCUCUGGAAGCAAACUGAGUUGCAGCUCGGUGUCUUGGCCAGAUUUGUUGCCACUGAUGGGGGAAUCACACGGGUCUACCCCAAAAGUGCUGGGCUGUACUGGAAGGAAGAGGCAGAGACGUACGAGUCAAGUUUCUAUAAGCGAAGUUUGGACAAUGAUCUGUACAUCUUCACUCCAACACCCUACCUCAAGAAAGAGAACACAAGUGAUGACUCAAUCCUGGUGAGCAGAGCAGUAAACCUCAACGUCGAUGGUAUCACACUCAAACCAGCUGUGGCCGGCGUGAAGUUGGACAUCAGUGCCUGGAUGGCGAGAUUCAUCAACACCACACAGAGGAUGAAUUGUAACGAUGAGAUCUGUGGCUGUCAGAGAAAUGAUGUGUACGUGGACUGUGUCAUUCUGGAUGAUGGGGGCUUCAUUGUGAUGUCCAAUCGAGAUGAAUAUAUUGAUCAGAUCGGAAGUUUCUUUGGUGUCAUCGACCCCGCCCUCAUGAGAAGUCUGAACGACUCCUUGUUCACCUAUAAGCAGACCUACGACUACCAGUCGCUCUGUGACCCCAAGAGGGAUAGCAAGGCGGCUGCAGGCCUGAGAUCAGUCUAUGUGCCCACAAUUGCAGAUAUUUUGAAUUUAGGAUGGUGGGCGACAGCUGCAGCCUGGUCAAUACUGCAACAGAUACUGGUCAGCAUCACCUUCCCCAAUUUCCUGGAUGCAGCUGAAAUGGAUGAGGAGUUGUCAGAUGCCAUGCACAAAGAGGUCUGCAUCACCAAGCAAACACAAUUUUACUAUAUGAACGACAACGUGACUUUCAGAGGCACCGUCGACUGUGGAAACUGCUCCAGGCUCUACCACGCUGAAAAGCUGCCCAUGACCAACCUGGUCUUUAUCAUUGCUGAUGCGAAACUCACCUGCUCGUCGUGUGACGGCACCCUGAUGAAACAGGAUGAGGAGCAGUCUGAAGGUCCUGAUCCCUGUACACUCGCUCACAGUCCUCGGUACAGGAAAGGUCCUGCUGUCUGUUUUGACAACAAUGAACACGAGGAGGAUCCUGACUGUGGAGGUGCGUCCGGCCUGAGUCCCUCACUUUGGCUAAUGGCGGCUCUUCAGCUGGUGCUGCUCUGGGUUCUGACUGGCUCCAGAAACCACGACGUCCCAUCAUGACCUCUGAACAAGCUGAUCACGCCCUCUAUCUCCCUCCCUCCGUAUCUCCAACAUGGCAACCAGCAUGCAGCGCUGCCACCGAAAUGAUGAACGUCCGACGAGAAGUUACAAAUAAGCAAAAACCUGUGAGCCCCGCAUUUUUCCAGUUUCCUCUUCGUUUUUCUUUUUCUUUUUCUUUUUUUUUUUUGGAUACCUUCUUUCUCAGGGGUUUCUCGAAGCGAUUUCACCUGGUCCAAGGGUACAAGUGAUGAAAGAAGUGCGUAUCAGACGAUAUAUGUUUGAACGAUGAGAAAGACCUUUACCCACGGACAUCCUUCAAUUCAAUUGUCCCCAUCCGCGGAGAUUAGAGGAAUCUAGAGAUUAUUUUCUAUUGGCGACUUCCGAAAUUUCUCCUCACUUGAUGUCACUGAUGAGGGAGAUUGGACCGCCUUAUAGUAUCAGAGGGACUGAAAUCCCACUGGAAGGGACUUGCUGUUUAAUUGAAGAAUUUGAGCAGUUGUGUUUACCACUGCCAGAAACAGUGCUGCCCUUUGCAAGCAUACAAUUUAUUUUGAAUCGAUUUGCAGUGGCUAGUUAUUAGGUUUUUAUUGUUUUUUUUGUGGUUUAGAAUUUGGCUAAAGUUGCAGCAAGAGAUGCCAAAUCUUCACAUCGCGGAUUUUUUGCUGUUCAUUUGCCUCAGUUGUGUUGCUGAUAAUAAAAUGUCGUCUCAUUCUGAGUUUUAGAUGGCACCGCCCGGAAGAUGUUCACAGUGUCCCUAGGGCCUUUGCCUUGACUUCCGUCUGGCGUCCCGUCAUGUAGAUCCUGCGUUCGCGGUGUGCAAAUCAUGUUCAAUGUUAUGUGUAUGCACAGAAACCAACCCAUCAACUGCCACAGUGCGCCUGAGUGUAUGGAUUUUAUUUUAUUAUUUUUAUAGCUGAACACCUAACCAUCAGCUCUGAUCAGGAGUGGUAAAUGUGUGUGGAAUUCCCCCCUCUGUGUUGCAUCGCUCCAGUGAAAACUUUGUUGCCAUAGCACACAUUAACCAAUCAGGACGAGCCUGGCUGGUGUCCUUUGCGUCCUCAGUGGACGAAAAUCUCUUGUGCCAUGUGGACUGCGUGACUCAGAUGAACCCUUUAGCUUCGUAGACUGUGGCUACUGAAGGGAGAGGAGUGUUUUUUUAUUUUAUUUUACUAUUUAUUGGUUAUUUAAAUUGAGCAUCAGGACAGCAUGUUACUGUUUUUGUUUUUUGUUUUUUUGCCACAACUAAAGAAAAUGAAUGAAGGCGAUUGGAGAGUUUGUAUUUGACAUUUUGUUCAACAACAACAAAAAUCGGGAAAUCCCUACGUUUGUAUUCACUGCUGUCACUUUUUAAAUUAAAUGACUACUAUCUGCACUGCAGUUCAAAGUGCAGCUGUUAUUUGUCUUUACAGUUUGAUCCUCUGGCUGGAGAACGGCCUCCGUCUCUGUGUAGUAGUGAGAUUCCCUCUUACAGUUUAUUAUCCUGGGGCAUGAUGGCACCAAGUGGAAAUCAUGGCACCUGCAGUCAGUUCAUGCUCAAUGAUCCCCCCUAUAGAUCUUCAAUGUAAGUUCAAUUUGUUUCAUUUUGUGUCCUCUUUUUUUGCAUUAGUUACAUAUAUAGAACAUGCCUAACGUAAGCAACGACAUUUUAUUGCAGAUUGAACCACAGCUAUCUUUGAGCACUGCGUUCAUUUUGAUCUCAACUGGACAUCUCGUGUAUCUUCCACGGAUGUGACGCUGUCACGUUUAGAAAAUCUUUCCACAGACAAACGGUAGAAAGACCUGCCAAAGUACAAAGUAAACCGGCUGUGAGGUAGGUCGCACUUACAGUAGAUGUUCCCAGGACCACAUUGUUCCACGGUAACACACAGACUCACAUGUUGAUAACAAUAACGGGGGGAAUGGUGUAUAUGCACUAAUCAGCCAAACAACUGCUCUGGAGCUAAAUAAAUCUGCCAAAAUAAUAAACAAAAUAACAGGUUACACACAAACCAGACUUUCAAAGCAGACAAACAACUUGUGCAUUACUAAAAAUGUCAGAAGAGAUUAAGCAAGGGAAAUAAACAAAUCAAUUCAUACAGAGAUAUUUUAAUUGGACAGGAGAUAAUAUCUCGAGGUAGAAAAAGUUUUGAAUCUCUGAUAUAAAAAAUGCCACUUUUACUUAAACCAGAUGCAAUUGGUGGUUUGUUUUGCGCCGCUGUCAGCAAGUGAUAAUACAAACUGAUGUAGGAGUCUGUUGGUUCAAGUCACAGGUUUAAAUGAUCCACAUGCAGGUGAAGUGUAAAGCCUCAUUGGAUGAGAAAAGGCCAACACCUGCCAGAACAGUUAAGGUUAUGUUACGUCUAUUAAGUGACAUCAGAUCCUUCAAGGAUGUGCUCCACGUUUCUCAAAUUGCCAAAUUUCCCCCUCAUCUCGCUGUUAAAUGUGAAAAUGUAUCUUUUCAUCUGUUUUGCAUUCAAAACAUCAACCGCAAUAGUAAUUUGGUGGUUUUGGAGAUGCUUUAUACACAACACCACUAAAACAAAACAGGCAUAUUCGUGUUUGGAGGAAACUUAAAUCUUUGGCAAAGUGAAAACCGUGUAAUUAAAAAUGUGUGCACCACAUAACCAUUGACAUUUGUCUCAUAUGUUCUUCAAAAUUGUUUUAACCCAAUAUAACAUUUCACAGAAUAAUGUGUUUUUUCUAAUGACAUGCAGUCAGAUCAGGGAAUGCUCGCUAAGUCUCAUUUUGUCGCAGAGCUCCAUCGCCGUCAUGGAACCACCACCAUCGUCAUCGCCAGUAACUUUCCAAGUGGUCACAAUUUUUUUCUCUCCAUCUUUAACCUAUAACCUUCCAACUAAACCAGUGUGGUGUAUCUAACAAUGCUCUUUAUGCUCCUUUCACAUUUACUAACACUCAAGAAUAUCAAGUGCCAUAUAGGACUCUCUUAUUCUCUUGUGGAGAAACCUAUUAUCCUAAUAUAACAUUUAUGCAGCGUUACCAAGGCAAGAUGUACGUCUCAAAAAAUUGUUUCCCUGUGCUGCAUGGUUGUGGCUGACGAGUUUGUUUGGAAAAAAAAAUAAUAAUCCAGUGUGCUCCUGCUUUAGUGUGUAAUGCUGGGAAGCAUAAUAUCCUGGGUGUCAGGCAUUUAUUCAUGAUAUGAUAAGGUAUGAACAGCUAUUACUGCCUUUCUCUUGGGGAGACAGCAUUUGGCUCCGUCCUGGUCUGAUUCGACUGGGGCAAGGGAACCUGAUUGGCCAGUGUGAAGUUUGAAUGCACUAUUCUCAAUCUCUGAUUGGUUCAAACCAUGUAUGGGUCACUACGAUUUAAGGACCUGUCCAGUGAUUGAGCAAGUUUUAUCCCAUUAACUACAAAUCAUGAAUACUCCACAUUACUUGUUGAUACCAUGUUACAGUGUAUACCCACUAACAUCGGCAUGUUGAAUUAAGUACAUCCAAAUAUCAAAAACUUGGAAAAUGCUGAGGCGUAGUAGACAUGAAGUAUUGAGAAGUAUUCAUGACCUGCAGUUUUUUAUCUAUAAGCAAAAACUAGCGUGGUCGUUUUGGGUGGUGAAAUAUGAAAUGAGUGAAAAUAUAAACCACCUGAAAGGGCUCCCGGGUGGAUCCUUUGAGAAAUGCUCAGAAAACAUUGGAGAAUGAACAUAUGAUCUUCAUAGUUUUCCAAAUGUCCCGUUCCAACUCUUAAGUGCUAAAAUCAGAUGCUGUCACCUCAGGAAUAGUAUACUCUCAAUGUGAUAUGAAGUGUUUUUGAUUCUGUUGGUGCUGUCUGUAUGGGUCGUGCGGAUUGGCCUUUUUUUAAAUUCAUUUCUGGAAUCUUGAGGAUUGCCUAAUGUGUGGGGGUUGUUUGUUUGUGUGCGUGUGUUUGUGUGUGUGCGUGCGUGUGUGUUUGUUACCUUGCUGCCACUUUCUGGCAGACGACUGACGGACCUGUCGCUCAGUCUUGUCCUGUCUUUGGUUUUAAGGCAGGGUCUGGAUGGAGGCGUCUGCCAAGUCGUCCCUCACCAGUCUUAGACUACAUCCACACUGAUAACCUUCAGAACAGCGUUUUAAGUCAUCUCUGUCUAACACUCCUAACGAAUGCAUAUCACAGGAAGCAGACUGUCGUUUAGUUGCAGAGUUUACCAGGUGUAAACAGUGACGCCUUUCAAAACCUAAACGCACUCGCGUGGUUGUAGCCACACGACUGGUGGGGGGGCGACGUGGUGGGCCUUUCUGUCUCCCUCGAUUGUGCUUUACACUUUAGUGGAACUUGAUUCUCCAGAAUCAGGCGUGUAAAAAUUUGUACAAACCUGAUGUUGUUCUCUUCAAAAGGAAAUAAGAACAGUGUUUAUAAUCCUGGGGAGGGAAAAUGUGUCUAUUCAUGUGCAAAUAAGGUAUAUUCAGAAUAAAAGUUUAUGAUUAUUA